CCGGGGGCACUGGCACGCCGGGGAUUUUGCCGAGAGAAGGCCGGCGACUCCCGGACGUAGGCGCACAGGCUGGGGGAGGGGGCGCGGUGGGAGGAGGAGUAGAAGAAGACAAAAGCCGAAAGCGAGGAGGGCCCGGGCCGACACACCAACCGCCGGCGCAGGGAGGCCGCGGCGCGCGGGGCGUCCCAGUCGACAGCAUGGGGAAGGGGGGGAACCAGGGCGAGGGGGCCGCCGAGCGCGAGGCGCCCUUGCCCACCUUCAGCUGGGAGGAGAUCCAGAAACACAACCUGCGCACCGACCAGUGGCUCGUCGUCGACCGCAAGGUCUACAACAUCACCAAGUGGGCCAGCCGGCACCCCGGGGGCCACCGGGUCAUCGGGCACUACGCAGGCGAAGAUGCUACGGACGCCUUCCAAGCCUUCCACCGGGACCUUGAUUUCGUGCGCAAGUUCAUGAAGCCCCUGCUGGUUGGAGAGCUGGCCCCCGAGGAGCCCAGCCAGGACCGUGGCAAGAGCUCCCAGAUCACCGAGGACUUCCGGACCCUGAGGAAGACCGCGGAGGACAUGAACCUGUUCAAGACCAACCACCUUUUCUUCCUGCUGCUCCUGGCCCACAUCAUCGUCUUGGAGAGCCUCGCCUGGCUCAUCAUCUCUUACUUCGGCAACGGCUGGAUCCCCACCCUGGUCACGGCCUUUGUCCUCGCCACCUCUCAGGCCCAGGCUGGGUGGCUGCAGCAUGAUUACGGCCACCUCUCUGUCUACAAGAAGUCCACGUGGAACCACGUCGUCCACAAGUUUAUCAUCGGCCACUUGAAGGGCGCCUCCGCCAACUGGUGGAACCACCGCCACUUCCAGCACCACGCCAAGCCCAACAUCUUCCAGAAGGAUCCAGAUGUGAACAUGCUGCAUGUGUUUGUCCUGGGCGAGUGGCAGCCCAUUGAGUACGGCAAGAAGAAGCUGAAAUACCUGCCCUACAACCACCAGCACGAGUACUUCUUCCUGAUCGGGCCGCCACUGCUCAUCCCCCUGUACUUCCAGUACCAGAUCAUCAUGACCAUGAUCGUCCGCAAGGACUGGGUGGACUUGGCCUGGGCCAUCAGCUACUAUGCCCGUUUCUUCAUCACCUUCAUCCCCUUCUACGGCGUCCUGGGAGCCAUCCUUUUCCUCAACUUCAUCAGGUUCCUGGAGAGCCACUGGUUCGUGUGGGUCACGCAGAUGAAUCACAUCGUGAUGGAGAUUGACCGUGAGCCCUACCGCGACUGGUUCAGCAGCCAGCUGGCCGCCACCUGCAACGUGGAGCAGUCCCCCUUCAACGACUGGUUCAGCGGACACCUCAACUUCCAGAUCGAGCACCACCUCUUCCCCACCAUGCCCCGGCACAACUUCCACAAGGUCGCCCCGCUGGUGAAGUCCCUGUGCGCCAAGCACGGCAUCGAGUACCAGGAGAAGCCGCUGCUGAGGGCCCUGCAGGACAUUGUCAAGUCCCUGAAGAAGUCCGGGGACCUGUGGCUGGACGCCUACCUCCACAAGUGAAGCUGCGGCCUUGGGGUGCCCACGGGGGAGGGAGGGCAGGUAGGGGUGACGACCCACGGGCGGGUGGGGCUUGGUUCUGAGGGGUGUUCGUGGGGCUGGAUACACACCAGCCCGCACACCCGGUUUCGGUCUUUCUCUGGUUUCCCCUCCGUUUCCCUUCACUUCUUCCUCCAGUGCCCGUCCCUCACGGGGCCUCUCUUCUGCCAGCUCGGCCUUCUCCCCAGCUCCUGCCCCAAGGCCAGUGGUCUGCAGAUCCAGCUGCGCCCUCAGGCCUCACACUCCCCCCUGCCCCCCUCAGGCUCCCUGGAAGCCUGUGGAGCGGGGUCCCAGCAAGGCAGCUUCCUGACCCCCAGGCCCGGCUCUGCCCGCAGGCGCCACUUCCGCUUCAGUGUCAAGGGCCUGGCACCGCCUGCCAUCUUCCUUGGCCUGUAGGGCAGCAGCUCAGACCGUUGGGGUCCCGGGAAAUUCCCCCUCGCCCCUGGGAGCCCUCUGACCCAGGGUUCGGCAGCUCCGUCCACGGCCUUACCAACUCCAGACCUGUGGCCUUGGGUCCCAUGACACUGAGGACUCAACACAAUACCAGCAGAGGCCAUGGCCAGCUUGGCGGUUACUGGCCUGGAGGGGCAGCCUGGUGCCCCACCCCUUCAGCUGUCUGCAACUGGGUGCCCAGCUGGAGCAAUCAGACUCCUCCAGCCGUGGCAGCCGGGCCCUGGCGGUCAGGUCCUCAGGCUGCAGGAGGCGCUGGGCCUGGAGCCUUCACUGCGGCCUCAGCCCUGCCCCCAGCACCGGGUCCUGUCCGGCGGCUGGUGAGGACGCGCUCUUACUGCCUCCCACUGUCUUCCAUCUUGUACUGGCUUUUUAACCUUUUGCUCCAGGAUACAUUCUGAUGGGCAGGGUAUGGCCACGGGGCUGGGCCUUGUGACAAUCUGCCUUUUACCUCAGGCUCCUCAGUUGGCUGAGCUGGGCUCGCUCGCUGAGGCUGCUGCUCUUGGGGUGGCACUGGGAACAGGGGAGAGCCGGGAAGAGGUGCCCUGAGGAGAAGGGGGCAUGGGAGGACCUGAGCAGGGCUGUGGGAACUGCAGUGGGGAGUCGGGGCUGGAGGCCAGGCGCUGAGGGGAAAGUGAAAAGUGAGAGGGGCGGGGAGCUGGCCGUGGGGGAGGGACCCUGAGCUGAAGCAGUUGGAAAUCUAACCCACUAACACUGACUUAGCUAUGGGGAGGAGGGGGCAGGAGCAAGCUCAGAAGGGGCCUUUGGGGGGCACCUAGUCCCUCAGCCCUGGCCAGCCAGGAGCUCAGAGCCCUCCCCCCAGAACACAGGCCCGCCGAGCCACCCUGCUCCCCAGGGGCAGAAAGGGUUCAUAAGGGACUGAUCUUAAUUUUUAUCAUGUUGCUUCCCCAUCCCUCCAUUUUUUGGAAAUAAAAGAAGUAAUUUUAUUCUCACUUA